AUGACAGAUCUUGACAGUACAGAAAUAAUAGCAAAUGAUGAAAGUUUUACGGAAAAUCCACCAACGACCGAUACUAAAGCUUCAUUAAGUAUUCUCAAUGGUACUGAUCCACAAUUAUUUCAAAUAAAUAAGGAAACAAUUAUUGGUCGAUCAAAUCCAUCAGAUUUUAUUAUUGCUGCACCGUCACUUUCAAAACAACAUGCGAAAAUAACUAUAAAUAAUGGCCAAUAUUUCAUAACCGAUCUCGGCAGUAGUAAUAAAACAUUUCAUAAUAAAACUCAACUUCAACCAAAUGUUUGUUAUGCAUUACAUGAUGGUGAUGAAGUGAAAUUUGGUGAAAUCAAUUGUUUAUUUCAAGAAGAAAAACAAAUUAAUUCGAAAGUAGAUUCACAAGCUACUGUUAAUCCAUCUACACAAACAAUUUCAAAUUCUUACGAAAAUCAAGAGCCAAUACAAGCAAUUAAAAUCUGGAGUCAAAAUAAUAACGAAAUGAAAACAUCUAAACAGAAUGGUAUUGAUGAUUCUCCAAAUAAAUCUUCAUCUUCAUUUACUCCAUUUUCAUCUUCGGCAGGAACAAAUGAUAUUGAUAUAGAUGAUAAUAAUUUAAUUAUUGGUUCGACACCAUUACCAGCAAGUGUUCCAUUAAUUAUUGAAUCGAAAGAAUUGAAUAAUGAUGAUCAACUUGAAAUUAUUUCAUCAUCACAAACAAAAAAGAUUCUUUCAAAUGAUUCAAUAGUACCUACAGAAAUAGAAGAUACACCACCUCCAUCAAAUGGAUUAGCAACAAUUGAAAAUGCUCAGCAAUUAGAGAUGGAAACAUCGACACCUUUGAAACCAUUAGAUAAUCCUGAUGAACAAAUGGAUAAUUCAACACCGAAAUUAAAUGAAGAAGUUGAAGAAUCUAAUAAUAUUACAGAUGAUACACCAAUAAAACAACAAAAUGAAGGUACAACAAAUCAAGAAAUUGUUAAACAAAUUCAACCAGAAGAAGAAAUGGAUACAGAACAAACAACAGAAUCUCCAUCGAUGGUUAUUGAUGAUAAACAACAACAACAACAACAGGACAAUACUGAUGAAAUGGAGGAGGAAGUAUUACCAACUUUAAAUGCUGAUGCUAUGACUGUUGAUGAAACAGAAAAACCAAACAUUGAAAAUGCACCUGUUACAAUGGAACAAGAAACAACAUCAGAAGUAAAUAAAUCUCUUGAAACUCCAUCCAUCGAACCAGUAACAAAGAUCGAUGAAUCUACUGCUACAGUUCCAUCUGAAGCGGAAGUCAACGAACAAGAAGAGGAAGAAGAAGUUGAAGCUGAGGAAGCUGAGGAAGCUGAAGAAUCAGGUCCAGUUACUGGUCGUGGUGUUGCACGAAGAAAUGUUCGUCGUGCUCGAGGUCGUCGUCGUGGUACAGCAGCUCGUGCUCGCGUUGUUAGUACGCGUAUACUUGGUGGACGACGUAAUCCAGUUGUACCUCCUACAACUAGCAAUGAAGAGAAUAAUAAAACAUUAGAAGAAACAGUCAAUACUGAACCAGAAGAAUCACCAGAAAAACCAGUUUCAGCGCCUGUUGUUAAAGAAAAAAAACCUAGAAAGAAUGAAACCAGUACUCCUAAUCAAGAGUCUAAUCAAACAGAUGCUGGUUCAAAUGUUCGAGUUUCAGCUCGUAUUAAGGAUCGUAUAUCAACUGGUAGAAAUCGUCAAUUUCCAUAUGCUGAUGAUUAUGUUGAUCUCGAUGUUCUUGAAAAACAAGCAAAAACUAAUGCAGCUACAACAGCAACACCACCACCAACGACAACAGCAGCAGCAGCAGCAGUAACAACAACAACAACAGCAACGCCAACUGGUCGUAAAUCAAAUCGUGGACGUGCUUCUGCCUCACCACAAAAACGAAUCAGUCUUCGACAACAACCUAUUGAUGCAUCUGAAAAUUCAGAAGAAAAAGAUAAAACGGAUAUUUAUGAACAAAUGGAUACUGUUGUUGAAAAUCAAGAACCAACACCAAAAACUGGUGGUCGCAAAAGAAAAAGUACAACACCAGUAUCAGCAGUUGCUACAAAACGAAAUCGUCCAGCAACACCUCAAUCAGUACCAACAGUAAAUACUCGUCGUAAACAAACCUCACCUGUUGAAGUUUCUCCAGUAGUUGCCAAAUCCACUCGACGUACAACUGGUGGACAAAAGCAAGCUGCUCCUCAGCCACCACCUCCUUCUCCUCCUCCUCCUGCUGUUACUACAGCUACUACUACUACACCAAAACGUGGUCGAAAAUCAACUAAACUAGCCACAUCAACUGAACAGUCACCAGAAAAACAAAAUUCAACUGCAGAUCGACCUGUUCGUAUAGCUCUUAGUAGUCAUUUGAAUUUUGAUCAACAUCAUUUUGAUAUAUUACGUAACUUAGGUUUUGAAAUUAUGGAUGAAUCCUGUCAAGUUGAUGCUCUUGUUGUUGAUCGUAUAAGACGUACAAAAAAAUUUUUCAUGUGUCUUGCACGUGGUGCACUUAUAUUAUCACCUGCUUGGAUUGAAAUAAUGAUAAAAGAAAAUCGUUAUAUUCCAUAUGAAAAAUAUUUUUUAAAAGAUACAAAUGCUGAAACACGUUAUGGAUUUGAAUUACGUGAAAGUGUUCGUUUAGCUAAGCAAGGUCCAAUAUUUGAGAAUCGUAAAUUCUUUUGUACAAAAGAUACAUCACCACCUUAUGAUGACUUAAAAGAUAUUAUUGAAGCUGCAGGUGGUAAAUUAGUUGAAAAAAUAAAUAUGAAUAAACCAGGAAAAGAUAUUAUAUGUAUUGUUGCACAAGUACAUAAGAAUGAUUAUGAAGAUUUAUUUAAAAAAAAUGUAUCAAUUGUUAGUGAAGAAUUUAUUUUAAGUGGAAUAUCCAAACAAAAACUUGAUUUCGAUGCGUAUGUUAUAUAA